AUGUGGUGGACAUACAAUAACCCGUUGUUUUCAUCAUCGGUUGUCAACUACUGGCACCCGUUUCGGACAACAUCUAGUAGUGGCCGACAAUUGUCUGCCAAAACAAACAAUUAUCGGUAUCAUUGUCUUAGAUCAGCUGGGCUUAUGAACCCAGACAUCGAUGGUAUCGAUGCACUAGACAUUAAAAACAAAUGCAUCCGAUCGGUAGGUCAUGUUUUAAGGCCAUUAAUGGAAGAUUGUUGGACACUGGCCGGUGAAGGAACCGGCGUUUUUGUUGUCGACGACAAUCGUCUAAUGUUGUUGACCUGUUAUCAUGUGGUCGCACACCUACCAGUAGUUUGGGUUGAAUAUGUGAAAAGCUAUGUGAAUCAGGUAGUAGUCAAAUGUCCUUAUAUGAGGGCCGAUGUUAUCUAUUGUGAGCCGCACUGGGAUUUGGCAAUACUUCGGUUCCGAAAAACGCCGUCACGAGUGUAUAACACGUCGACAACAAUGUCGAUGACCACCACCAACACCAACGCCGAUGCCGAAAGUAUCGGAUUCGGUGCAUCGGUAGCUAUGAUCGGCAAUGGCAAUGCUAUACACUUUCAACUACACCCGGGUAUGAUUAGGACACCCCGAGUCGACAACAAUAUGCUGCCCAAUAAGUAUUACGUUAGUACAGUACCGUUUGGCGAACAAUUACCGUACAUAACACACACAACUAGCAAUGUCCCGGGUUUUUCGGGCAGUCCACUCAUCGAUACCAGUGGCCAAUUGUGUGGCCUAGUUUGGGGCGGUAGUAUUGAACGAUUUCUGAUAAGCUAUGCUAUCGACUAUAAAACAUUGUCAGCGUUUAUCAAUAGGGCUAUAGUUUAUGAAAGUGAUGGCAAACAGCAAACCCGUCUAAGAAAACGAUUUGAAUGGGAUAUUCAGUCCAAUAGACGACUAAUGGGUAUAAUAGUUACUACACAACCGUUUUCCGGUAGUUUUACUGUACAGUUGGCACUUCCCGUGGCCUCAACUGAUGCAAUUGGUAUUAUCGGUAGUCGUAUUUGGAAAGUUAACGGUCAGGUAUGCAAUACUAUCGAUAAUAUCCGAUUGGCUAUCGAUAAUAGACAGCAAAUUAAAGUGACCAUUAGGUCUACCAUAGAUGAUGACAGUAGUAGCAGUAAUAGUAAGGACAGUAUGAAAACCAUUAAUACGAUACUAUCUAUCGUUGAACACGACAUUAGUAUUAUGCCAUUAGUUUUGUGA